CUCGCUCUCCACCAUGGCGAGUAGUAGCGGCGCCGGGGCGGCGAAUCUGAACGCGGUGCGGGAGACCAUGGACGUUCUGCUUGAGAUUUCACGAAUUUUGAAUACUGGCUUAGAUAUGGAAACCCUGUCUAUUUGUGUACGGCUUUGUGAACAAGGAAUUAACCCAGAAGCUUUAUCAUCGGUUAUUAAGGAGCUUCGCAAGGCUACUGAAGCACUAAAGGCUGCUGAAAAUAUGACAAGCUGACUUUCUGGAGAAAUCCUGAUGAGAUGUGUCAAGCUCUGCAAGAGGAUUUGAAGAUUGCAUUAUAGUCAAGAAUGUACAAUGAAAUUACUGCAUGUGGCUGUGUAGAAAAAUUUUCCUUUUUAAAGAAUUACAAAACUAUAGCUUUAUAAAUCAGUGGAAAGUGGCUUACAGAGAGAAAUAUCAGAUAUGUUUACUUCACAUCUCAUUCAGUUUUUUUUUUUUUAACGGCCCUAAUGCUUUAGCACUGCUGUGUUGAUAUUUAUGUAUUCCUUAUUUAUAGCUCUGAUAGCUUUAAUUUUCUAAGCAGGCUGUCUGUCAGCUGUGCACAUCUGCUGUGCCUGGUUUUGAAGUACAGUGGAACCCAUCAGUAGUGAUGUGCAGUAGUUAUGACUUGUUGACAUUUCCAUUAUAAACUUUAAUUUUAAAUUGUUUAUGCAUAAUAA